AUGAGGUCAGAAGAAGGUCAAGAAAACGAGGAAACCCUCAAUUAUCUUGUCAUGUUUGGAAAAUCAAGGAACCCACUAGAUAGAAUCUCAGAAUCUCAGAAUCUCAGAAUCUCAGAAUCUCAGAAUCUCAGAAUCUCAGAAUCUCAGAAUCUCAGAAUCUCAGAAUCUCAGAAUCUCAGAAUCUCAGAAUCUCAGAAUCUCAGAAUCUCAGAAUCUCAGAAUCUCAGAAUCUCAGAAUCUCAGAAUCUCAGAAUCUCAGAAUCUCAGAAUCUCAAAAUCUCAGAAUCUCAGAAUCUCAGAAUCUCAGAAUCUCAGAAUCUCAGAAUCUCAGAAUCUCAGAAUCUCAGAAUCUCAGAAUCUCAGAAUCUCAGAAUCUCAGAAUCUCAGAAUCUCAGAAUCUCAGAAUCUCAGAAUCUCAGAAUCUCAGAAUCUCAGAAUCUCAGAAUCUCAGAAUCUCAGAAUCUCAGAAUCUCAGAAUCUCAGAAUCUCAGAAUCUCAAAAUCUCCAAAAUCCAGAUUUUCCACUUUUUUCAAUUUCUUGAGAUAG